UCCACAUAUACAAACUAUAUUAAAGUACUGUAUUGGAUUGUUAUUGGUUGUUUCUUUACCUCCAAUUUAGCUUAACUAUUGAUGACGGAAGUGCAACAUCAGUAAAUAAUCCAGUAUAUUGUGAUAUUAUUCAUGAAAUAUUGUUUGUCUGAUAUAUUUCACAUGUUCCGUUGUACAUUAUCACCGUCCUUGUGUUUUUGGGUAGCAAAAGAAAACUUGUGGGAAACGACUCUUUUUUUCCUCAGACUGGUAUUUAUUGUACUACAUCGAAAUGUGCUGCUCUCAUUGACUCCAUAACACCUCACGGGCAUCAACGUAUCUCUCAUGCUUUCUUCUGAUGUAGUCAACUGCAAAAACAUUGAACUUGAUGUACGAGAAACGUUGUUAGGUUGUAGUCCAUUUUUGCAGCCUGUGAAUAGCUCCUCUUUCAAAAGACGAUCUUCGGUCUUUACCUGGCCAGCAGCGCCCCCUGGUGUCCAAACGGCGCCAUAGCUACUCUGCAUAUCCUGUUCCUCUGACUCACAUUAUGACGGCUCUGUAGGCAGAGGAGGCUAGCGGAGCCGAGCUGCGCCGCAUGGAUGCUCGGGACAGCGGGACAAAACUAAAAGCGAGGUAAAUGUGUAUUCACCUACUUCAACUAACCGAGCACAAACGAACAAGCGGCCAUGUUGAAUUGCCUCGUUAGUUGCUCUCAUUGCUGUUCCUGCCACGAUAGCGACAAGCUAACUGCUGCUAGCUCACGAGCUCCUUUGUUCGUUUUUCUCGACUACCGUUAGGGUUACUUCUACUUUUAUACAUUUUUGUCAAGCUAAGUGUUUACAGUGUAGUUGCAUUUCACAAAGCGUUGUGUAUCUUUCCGUGUCGUCAGGGCAGCCUUUUCCUGUAACCGAACACCUGCUCGGCAGCUGGCUCUCUAUUCAGGUGUCCGAUCACUGCUCCUAGAACCGCAUUUGAUUAGCCUUUAGCACCGAUGAGUUGUUGUCCAGCCACAGAUCACCCUCCACGAUAACCGCCUAUAACUCGGUUAUAAUCCAGUGGGGGAAACAGCUGUCGGCUGUCGCCUGCUGCUGUGCCCUGUGUGUAUCCCAGUCAGUCAUUUCAUUGUUUCCUGCAUUUCUAUUAGUCUGCCACUGUUAGUCAGUUUCACACCAGAUCAUAUCAAGCAAACAUCUGCAUUAUUCAACCAAGUACAUAAGCCUGAUUUGUCUUCCUGUGUGAGGAUCCUUAACAAGGAAACAACAGGAAACCUUCAGCCUUUGACAUCAGCUCCAAAAUACUUUAAAUCCUGAUGCUUUCAUCCUAUUUUAACACCCACCCCCCCCCCCUGUAUUUAUUUUUGUUUUCAGAACAGAAAAAAGAGGCUGAUAUCCAAUGAUGGACGGGUUUGCGGGGGACAUGCUGAGCGGCGGCCGGGCCCUGCUCGGCGAGGACAGCUCGGUCAUGGCCCGCAUGCAGAAGAAGUUCUGGAAGACCAAGCAGGUCCUCAUCAAAGCCACGGGCAAGAAGGAGGACGAGUACGUGGUGGCAUCAGACGCUGACCUCGACGCCAAGCUCGAGUUCUUCCGCUCGGUUCAGUUAACGUGCACGGAGCUGCUGAAGGUGAUCGAGAAGUACCAGCACCGGAUCACACGUUUGUCUCAGGAGGAGAACGAGCUCGGCCUGUUCCUGCGCUUCCAGGCCGUAGACGAUCGCACAAAGGCUGGCAACAUGAUGGACGCCACCAGCAAGGCCCUGUGCACCUCCGCCAAGCAGAGGAUGGCAUUCUGCCCGCCGCUGCACCGCUUGCACCAGGAAGUGGAGACGUUCCGUCGGCGCGCCAUCGCCGACACGCUGCUGACAGUCAGCCGCAUGGAGAAGGCCCGCACCGAGUACAGAGGCGCUCUGCUCUGGAUGAAAGAUGUCUCCCAAGAACUGGACCCGGACACCUACAAGCAGCUGGAAAAGUUCCGCACGGUCCAAACCCAGGUCCGAGGGACGAAGAGCCAGUUCGAGAAGCUGAAGAACGACGUGUGUCAGAAGGUGGACAUGCUGGGAGCGAGCCGCUGCAACAUGCUCUCCCAUUCCCUCUGCACCUACCAGACCACUCUGCUGCAGUUCUGGGAGAAGACGGCCCACGCCAUGUCGGGGAUCCAAGAGGCCUUCCGGGGACACGUGCCGUACCAGUUCACCACGCUCAAGGACCUGCGAGACCCACUGGAGGAAAUAACAGACGCGCAGAAACGAGAGGAUAAGAAGGAGAGGGCUCUGCAGAGCCACACGGACAGUCUGGUGUCCUUGGAUGACGACAACAAGCCAUCAGGAAGUGCCUCUGGAGCAGACCCCAUCAGUGAUGGACAGAGCCAAACCAGUGACGGUGGUGAGAGUCUGCUUUUAGGGCUGGGACCGGAGGAGGAGGAUGGCGAGCGGGGCGACAUGGCCUUCCUCAAAGACCUCCUCAGCCCGGGCCCGGGGGCCGCCGACGAGUUCAGCAGAGAGUGGCAGGACGCAUUCGGGCUGUUCGACUCUCCCAUUGUUCCUCCACCGAGCACGGGGGCAGCAGAGAGCGGGCCGGCGGCGCGUCCGCCCUCCGGCCCCCCCAGCCCCACGGGCUUCCUGCCCUCCCAGCUGCUGGACCACAGCCUGAGCUCCACAGGCUGGUCGACCCCGCCUAUGUUCCAGGCUCCGCCCCUGCAGCCUCCUCCCGGGCAGAGCCAAUCAGCUCCGCCGGCCCCAAGUGCAGCAGCUAACGCUGCUCCAGGUGGAUCCAAAGACAUGUCCGCCUGGUUCAACCUGUUCGCAGACCUGGACCCCCUCUCAAACCCCGACGCCAUUGGACGUUCCCCGGACGAGCUCCUCAACGCCUAGAGCUCUGUAUAUGUGUGUGUGAUGGAUUUCUCUCACAGGAUCUGGAUGUCAGAAACCAAGUAAAAGAACACACACAGAGACAUUGAUGCACACACAUGUUACCAGGAGAUAUGUGUACAUAUCCACACUUGCAAAUCCAUAUUUUGUGUUACACUGGAAGGUGUUAUCCUACACUGGAAAAGGGGAAAGUGCUGUGAGUGGGUGAACGCUCUCCUGCAGCUUCGUCAAUGACUGCUAACACUACACGGACUCUCAGCAAACCUCAUGCGGAGAGAAGGUUUGGGUUGCAGGUUUAUUUAGUUUUUCUUUCUGUUUUGUUUGCGUCGUUUGGGUGUGUGUCUGUUUGCCGUGUGCACACAUCACAGAGGACCCAGGAUGUAAAGAAAGAGUCUCCAUUUACUGCUUACUGUUGUUUAAACAUGGUAGCACAUGAUUGUCACGUGUGAAUGAAGAGCGUACGCUAUAAAUAUAUUGUACAUUGUGUAUGUAUGCGAUAAGAACGGACCCUGAGACACUGAUGCAGACCCCUUCACAAACUCUGGAUCUUGAAGACUCCACCUGUCUGAUGACGCUUUAUUGAUCCCCCUCAGGAGAGUUCACACUGUCCAAUCUCCGCGGCUUUUGUGACACCGACGGCGUCUUUAUGUUCAUUCAUCCCAGAUUCUACUGUCUCUGAAUGAAGUGUGGGUAAAAAUACUAAAUCAGUCCAAUCCGCCGUUCAGAUUCCACAAUCCCAAGCCAAGAAAAAUGUGACGGUUGAAACAUUUAUUUUGUUUUAAAGUAGGACACCGGAUUGAAUCGUUAUGGGUUGGGUGGGUUAUAUAAGUCCUAUAAAUCUGACAAUAACACCUAAGCUGCAUCAAACUGUAUUUAUUUUCUGAUUAUAUAACGGUUUGUUUUUUGAGAAACUAAAAUAAGAAGUAAAAUACUGUAUUUUUAACUGUUUAUUUUCAGAAUUCACAGAUGGAUUUAUGAAAUCUAUUGUUUUAUGGGAAAAGGAUCAACACUGGAGAACUGUUAUGUCGUGGAAUGGACUUCUGAUGUAUAUUUAAGGGGAAAAGACGACCAACACUUUAUGAAUGUUUCCAAAGUGACCAGCUGCAAAAUGAAGAUGCAGUCGGGUUUCUAAAAUCAUAUUAUUAUUAUUAUUAUUAUUAUUAUGGAAAGUAUACCUACGUUGUUGAGAUGUGAAUAUCACGUCCACAUGCACCGAGACCAAAUCCUCAGUUUCAGUCGUGUGCCUGUAUACAUCUCACUCAAGGGAGUAAAGGUGAUCGCAGUGCAUCAUGGGAAAAAAAUCAACUCUGAAAAACACUUUUUAUACAUAUUAUGAUCUGCUUUUCUGGGGGAAAUAUACCCCUACUACACUAACUUUUGUUUUUAAUGUGACACGAGGUCAUGUAUUAUACUGUUUACUCUUGCUUUACACACAUCAAAAAACAAAAAGAAUGUAUUUCUCAAGUCAAUCACAAAUGCUUUAUUUAAUUCAACUAUGCCUUUUUAUUUUACUCGAGGGGUUUAACAGAUGAAAACGUGGCAGUUCUGUUUACAAUAAACUGGACGAGCAAACAAGGAAUCAUUGUGUCGAGUUCCAGAAAUGCUGUUUAUCCACUUUGAGAAAGAAAACAAGUUGAAAUAAAUCUGUUCCACGUGUAUGAAUCUGCUCUUUUAAGCUACUUUUGUAUUUUUGUAAACGGACGUCUUCGCUCGUGGGUGUGCUUGUUUCACCAGCACGUGGAUAUCUCAUUUUGGAACAGAACUCUCCAUCUCUUACAAAUCAGGUCACCGAAUAAAUAAAUGAAUGACAUCCACACUUCUCUCCACUCUGCUACAGGUUUCCAUCACUUCACUUCCCGUCGCGUGGGAGGCUACGUGUUGGUUCGCUCCCUUCGUAGUAGACUUGUUAGUGUGCGCUGAGAAGUUAGUACAUCUUUUGUUUGUGUGUGCGUGUGUCCUAGUCACUACAACCUGAGAUGGACGAUGUAAUCUAUUCUUGGUUAAAAUUCUCUGGCGACCCAACAUUACACUCCCGAUAAAUAAAUACAUUAUUCACAAUAAUGAGAUGUGUAGUAAUUCACAGUACUCAGCGGAGAAGAAGCAGGAGGGGAAAGGGGGGGGGGGGGAGAUGGUACAAUUGACUCAUUCAGAUACAUAUCUUUGUCAGUAGAUGAUACAAACACAGUGCGCCUCGUUAUUUACACAGCCAGUACAUUCCUAUCCCACCGUAGCAGGCACAGUCGA